CAGCAGGAAGCCCUUCGGCUUGGCAGUGCGAGCGGAGCACAAACGCAAAACGAAACCUCACUCUUUUAUCUGAUAGUGGUUUGAAGACACGAUCGAAUCGGACUGAAUUUGCUUUCUCCUGAGGGUUGUGGCAGUUUUAGACAUCUUUUGAAAAUGUACGACCGUCUGGAUCCCAGGGUCGAGCGAAGGCUAUUAUCAGAGAGCCAAAUGGGCAGCAGCGCUGCCUGACCGCCAGCGUUUACCCCCCGUUUGCUGUCGGUCUGUAUCGGAUCAAGCUUUUUUGGGGCUUUUUUUGCAUUUGAAUACUUACUGCGCCACCGAACGGAUCACGUGGUACGUGGAGUUGAUCGAUUUACACAGUUAAAUGUAAAAAGAAAGCUAGCGAAGGUUUUUAAAGCCAUUUUCUCCUGAGGGGACUGUAUUCUGACCGUUGGUGGGGGGGUUUGCCGCCGUUUAUUUUAGUAAGCGUGCGCGUGGAAGAUGGAGACGCACAUCUCGUGUCUCUUCCCGGAGAUUUUAGCCAUGAUUUUCAGCUACCUGGACGUGAGGGACAAAGGCAGGGUGGCCCAAGUGUGCACGGCGUGGAGGGACGCGUCCUACCACAAGUCCGUGUGGAGGGGGGUGGAAGCCAAGUUGCAUCUGAGGAGGGCGAACCCGUCUCUGUUCCCCAGCCUGCAGGCGCGGGGCAUCAGGCGGGUGCAGAUCCUCAGCCUGCGGCGUAGCCUCAGCUACGUGAUCCAGGGGAUGCCCAACAUCGAGAGCUUGAAUCUGAGCGGCUGCUAUAACUUAACGGAUAACGGCCUGGGGCACGCGUUCGUUCAGGAGAUCUCUUCCCUGAGGGUGCUCAAUCUGAGCCUCUGCAAACAGAUCACGGAUUCCAGUUUGGGCAGAAUAGCCCAGUAUCUGAAAAACUUGGAAGUGCUGGAACUGGGCGGCUGCAGCAACAUCACCAAUACUGGUUUGUUACUCAUCGCAUGGGGUUUGCACAGACUCAAGAGUCUUAAUCUGCGGAGCUGCCGGCAUGUGUCGGACGUGGGGAUCGGACAUUUGGCCGGCAUGACCCGGAGCGCGGCGGAGGGCUGCCUCAGUCUGGAAUACCUGACCCUGCAGGACUGUCAGAAGUUGACGGACCUGUCCCUCAAGCACAUCUCUAAAGGCCUGACCAAGCUCAAAGUGCUCAACCUGAGUUUCUGCGGGGGAAUCUCUGACGCCGGCAUGAUUCACCUCUCGCACAUGACGAGUCUGUGGAGCCUUAAUCUGCGCUCGUGCGACAACAUCAGCGACACGGGCAUCAUGCACCUCGCCAUGGGGACCCUGAGACUCUCCGGGCUCGACGUGUCUUUUUGCGAUAAGAUCGGCGACCAGAGCUUGGCGUACAUCGCGCAGGGUCUGUACCAGCUCAAGUCGCUGUCGCUGUGCUCGUGCCACAUCAGCGACGAUGGCAUCAACAGGAUGGUGCGCCAGAUGCAUGAGCUGAGGACGCUGAAUAUCGGGCAAUGCGUGCGGAUUACAGACAAAGGACUGGAGCUCAUCGCCGACCACUUGACUCAACUGACCGGCAUUGAUCUGUAUGGAUGUACGAAAAUUACUAAGAGGGGACUGGAGAGGAUCACGCAGCUCCCCUGCCUUAAAGUUUUGAACCUGGGCCUUUGGCAGAUGACUGAAAGUGAAAAAGUGAGGUGAAACUCGGUGAGAUUCUGGAGGGAGGGGGGUUUCGGGGAAGGGGAUGGAGGAGGAGGGAGUGGGUCGGGAGGUUCUUUUUUUUUUAAUUAUUAAAAAACCUUCUCUUGCUAUCCUAGUUGGAUAUCAGUACAGCAAACAGCAUAAAAAUGAAGCUUCUGCAUUGGCAAAAAAAAAAAAAAAAAAAACAUCUGAAUGUGAUACACGUGUCAGAUAUUAUAAUUAUUAACACAGUCUGGUCAGUGUAAGAAACACUAAAAAAAUAAAAUAAUAAUUCUCCUAACAAAUCGCAAUAUUAAACCUCCUCCUCCCCAAGUAUCGAGAUAUUUUGGCUACCUCGUUAGAUGUAUUAUAUCUUGUUAUUCUUAAAGAAUGCGAAUUUGUGCCUAGAAAAACAAUCCCCUCCCCCAUUAUCUCGUCUUUGGCUUGAGAAAAGCAAAAAAAGACUGAAAGCAAUGGAUUCAAACUACCUUUGUUAAUUUCCCUUCCCUUUAAACAGCCAACAAAAGGAGUCAAAGCAAAGAUCGGCUCGACUCAUAGCGAGUUUAUGCAAAGACAGACGAAAAUACUGGGUUUGUACACUAAAGCUUUUAUAUUUCCAAUCACAUUAGUUUUGAUUUUAGCUCAAUUCUACAGGCCUGAAAGCCUUUAAUUCCUGCUUUGAGUAAGAGGCUCUCUCUGCUGAUGUAUUUAUGCUUAUGUAAGCAGUUAUUGUUUCAUUAAUGGCUGUUAUUCAGAGCGUUGUACUUCAAAUUGAAGUGAAUUUUGUCCCGGAAAAAGAAAAACCACUGAGUUUCCUGUUUGCAAUUCACUGACACCUGGUUUGCCUCUUUACAAGGCUUUACAGGGCACUACAAUGUUAUUAAAACAAUAUGUCCGUUUCAAAUAAAUUAAUAUUCAAUAUUACAUAUAAAGGACAACGAGGAGCAAUCGAUUUUUUUUUCUCGGGUAACAAGCAAAAUGAGUGUCAGGCCUCUAUAUAUGUAACAUGAUGUAUCGACCUGCAACAUGUAUUGAAUCCUGCUGAGAAGCUACUGUGUUCUAAUGUACUGUAAAUGUAUUUGUAAAAAAGAAUCCUGAAUUAAAAUGUUUUAUAUUCUUACAGUCAAAACAUUAAAGUUGAUAUUUAUAUAAAUAAAAAGAACCACGUUAAAUUUCGUUAAACUGUUUUUGUGUGGAACAAACUAGUGACUUUUUUUCAUUGAGCUCAUGCAUUUAGUGUUGUUUUGUGCCCUUUUAAAAACAGGUGAAUGUCAUAAUGUUUAGAUAGUAUCUGAGUCAAAUGUUGUUUUAAUAUGGUGUUAUCAGCAGGAUAAGAGUUGCCAAUAUGUGUGGGUUUAUUUGGUUGAUUUUCAGCUAAUUUAGUGAGUUUGAAAAAUCAGCAAUUUUAGAGAAUGAUAUUUGUGCUUUAAGAACAUUUAUGCUCUUGUUCAUUACAUUAUUUAUGAGCACAACAAAAUGGAUGCUUCCUCUUGAUUGUGUCAGUUAGGAGUUAAAACUGCAAAUGGUGCUUUUUUCCAAUGAAUAUAAUCCGGUAAUAUUAUUAUUUAGAAUCAAAUUAAUUCAGUGACUAUAAUGGUAGAAUACUUUCACUAUGUUACUCAGAGACCCCCCAAAAAUGCUAAAUCCUGCUCUCAACAGUUGCUUUUGUUUCCCUAAGUUAAGAAGCCAGGUUUUGAAUUUUUUUUUUUUUUUUUGUCUUCUCCUUGCUCAGUCACGCAUACCAGAUCUGA